ACCUCACCGAACGAGGAGCUAUAACGAGUAGUAGGAGCCUAGGAGGUUAGGCCAGGGGAUUCCCGAGCCAGAUGUAUGUGGAACAGAGUUCCAUGACGAAAUAUGAAUUAUUAAUCCUGAGGGGGAAAUGCAGGCCAGAUGUUUGACUCGGUCGAGAUCUUCUUAGUGGGCACAAAGCUAAAUGAGUUGUUAAUAAUCUACAGAUUGGUUACGAGAAAUAUAUAAUCAUAUACAUAUAUAUAAAGUCGGAAAAAGGACAUUCAUUCCCCCAAAAGUGGGAGUAUCGAGAAAUCGUUUAUUUUACAUCAAGACAAACGUAUUUUGUCACAUCCAACCGUCCUCUUAACUAAUCCCACCAUUCCGAAACACGAGCAGUUUAGCAUAAUAUAUCAUUUUUAUACAAUGGCAAACCUCUUACCUCCCUACACGGAAGAGACUGCCAAGCUGAAAGUGCAGCGUGCGCAAGAUCUCUGGAACUCUCAAAACCCGGCCGAAAUCGCGAAAGUCUACACACCAACCAGCACCUGGCGGAACAGGGACCAAUUUUUUAGCGGCACAGAGGCCAUCAAGACAUUUCUGACCAAUAAAUUCGCGAAGGAGAUAAACUACAAGCUGCGCAAGGAGCUGUUUGCCUUCAUGGACAACAAGAUCGCGGUGCAGUUCUGGUACGAGUACCAGGAUCGCGACGAUGGGAAGAAGUGGAAGCGGUGUUACGGGAUUGAGCACUGGACGUUUGAGACGGAGGGGGAACAUGCAGGGAAGAUGCGGGUGAGGAUGAUGAGUGGGAACGAUGUUUUGAUUGGAGAAGGAGGGAAUGGGGAGGGGAGGUGGUUCGAAUAAAAGAGGGGGUUAAGAAUAUUUAUUUAUUUAUUUACUUUUGGAUUGGAAACGCCCGCAUUUAAUUAUAAUUAGUAGUUUGAGUGUUUUUAUAAUGAUGUCUAGGGAAUGAUUAUCUUUAAUAUAUAGUAUGUAUGUAUAUAUGUAUGUAAUGCACCUGCGAUUGGACACUAUCAACAUUCUCUCGGCUCAGGUCAUAACGUAGUUGCAAAACUCACCUCAUUUCUGUAUCGAUAUUCCUGUUGCAUUAUCCAUUCUCUUCUUUUCCUCCUUCUCAAGCUUCUUGUCUUUCUCCCUCUGAAGCCUCUCGUCUCGCUCUCUCGCCUGAACAUCCAA